AUGAUAAGUAUCCCACCAAAUCCGUUACGAAGGGUUACCCUCCCAGAGAUACAUUCUAUCCAGCUGCCAACGAAGAAGAUAUUGAACGAAGAAGACGUCGAAAUUUGGCUGCGAACUCAAGGAUUCCGAGAUCUAAUCAUAUUCCUACGGAGACUGAACGAAGCUGUUGUUGGAGUUACAGUUCCCUGGAGCUCUGAAUUUCCUAGUCAAGCUGUAUUGAGCAUGGUAACUUUAAUCGAUACUCUGGAUAGCUGGAUAGAAGACAUCCCACCCCUCAACUCCCCACAAAGGUUCGGAAACCUUGCCUUUCGAACUUGGGGCACAAGACUAGAAGAGCAAUCAGAUAGCUUACUAUCUCGGCUGCUUCCGCCAGAGUACAGCUCGCUUAUUCCACAUAUCAAGCCAUACUUCUUGACUUCGUUUGGAUCUUUCAUCAGAAUGGACUAUGGUACUGGCCAUGAAACUUCCUUUGCCAUAUUCCUUCUUUGCUUGACACUUACGCGCUUUUUCGUGCCUGAGGUCGAAGAAGAACGUGAACUGGUCCUUAGAGUAUUCAUACGGUAUCUCCGUCUUUGCUGGAGGCUUCAAGAUGUUUACCGUUUAGAGCCUGCUGGGAGUCAUGGCGUCUGGGGCCUAGACGAUUCACAUUUUUUGGGUUAUAUCUUUGGUAGUGGACAAUUGCGAGACCAGACAAAGAUACCAGUGUCAGCAGUUCUUCACCCCCCUCUGCCGCCUACUAAUCUAUACUUCAUGUCGAUCAUGCGUAUUCACGAGGUCAAGCAGGGUCCUUUCCACGAGCACUCAUCCCAGUUACAUUCAAUCGCUUUGGGCGUGCCGAACUGGGGCAAAGUUAACUCUGGCCUGUUUAAAAUGUAUGAGGCUGAAGUUCUUGGUAAAAGAGUCGUGGUACAACAUAUCCCUCUUGGAGGUCUUUUACCCUGGAGCAAUGAAUCUUUAGACAGAACAGAAGGCCGUUCUGUGUCCUCAAAUAACAUUGCCAUUUACAAUUCGGAGGCUGCGACACAAGCUCAUCGUGAAUGGACUCAAAGCACUACGAGUCGUCACAGUCCGAGCCCUGAUCCUUGCCGUCUUGGUCUACUAGACUUCAACCUCCGCGGCCGCGGACUGUCAAUGCUCAUGUCUCAAUUCCAUUGCAGGGCUCAAUGCCUCCGCCACUCUCACCAAUGA